AAUCCCGCCAAGAUGAAAAGAAGUGGCAAAUAAAUGGUUAUGGUCCGGCAUGUUAUAUGUCAAUAUUUAAAAUUUUAGUAAACAAAUAAAUACCUGUUGUGGUUUGUUAAUCAGGAUCAUCUUUACGAUAUGUCAAAAGAUAUCAGAUCAUAUUUUUCCACCGUGGUAAAGAAAACUGGUAGUGGAGUGCAGCCUGCUAUUACUAAAACCAAAGACAAAAAAGCCAAACGAUUGAUAGAUUCGGAGGAUGAUGAUAUUAUCGAGUGCACUCCGGAAAAAUCUAAAUCCAAACUCAAAAAAGAAUCCAGUGGUAAGCGAAAGGCAGUCUUGGUUCUUAGUUCUGAUUCUGAAGAAGAAACCAAAAAGGAAAUCAAGAAAAAGCCGAAAGAAAAGGAGGAGAACCUUCGUCCUGUAAAUAUAGAUGAAGUUUUUGGCAACGCGCCUAUCAAACAGAGUAAGGUGGUGCCAGUUCCUAAAGUUGAACAAAAAGAAACUGAGGAACAACCCAAAAGCAAAAAAAAGAAAACUAAGAAAAAGGUCAAUCCGGAAAUUGGAAUACAUGCAGAUGAAGAUUUUGAAAAAACACUCUUGGAUUUGGACGACGAUUUUCUUAUAGAAAAUGUUGAUAUUUUAGAUAAAACGGUCGAUGAGGCCUUGAAUAAGGACAAAGACUCUCUUGGAAAUGAAAAUGAAGAAGCUGUAAACAUAACUGUAGAGAAAAAAUCUUCAUCUGAGUCAAUUAUUGCAAACGAAGAUAAGUCUGAAACUAAAAAAGAAAAGAAAAGGCAGCGUAAAAAUUCUGAAGGUUCAACUCCAAAAAGGCCUAAACUUGAACAUAGUGAUUCAGGUAUUGAUCCCGAUCAGGAAAGGUUUGAGAAAAAACGGUACUCGGCUAUGUUAUAUCAAAAAUAUAAAAAUAGAGGAGGACCUAAACAUCACGGAGAAAAAGAAUUGCCUAAG